CGCGGGGUCAGAUACACUUUGACACAACCCGAACACACACAAAAAUACAAACAGGUUAAUUCAGCGAAAUAUUUAUCUGGAGUGAAAGUUAUCCAACAUCGAGCACAACCUCCCAGAAUGCGAAGUGUUCGGAACCGGGCUCCAUGUUGACGUGGACCUACUUCUCCCGCUGGCGCUGACAGGCGGUGCUUCGGUCGCUAAAACAUGGCCUCCAUGAUGGAGCCUCCGCUGCAACUUUAAUUUUCGCCAAAUUCACGGCAAAAAAGCGUGUUUUUUCUUCUCGGGCCAGGAAGUGUGAUUCCAGGACACUAAAGAGACAAAUGUUUGCUUUUGGAGAAGUUCACCCUUGGAUGUAAACGGAUCGGUUUGCUUUGGCAGGAAAGCUGGAGAGGAAAAGGAGAAUUUCAUCAAAUCAAAUGCCCUCAGAGGCCCCGGAGCCUCGGGACAGAGGACCACCGCCUCCUGUCACUCGGGCCGGACGCAGUGCUCAGCUGGCUAAAGCAGCCGCAGAAGCAGCAGCCGCAGAAGCAGCAGCCGCUGCCAGCGAGCGGCGACCUCGUGGUCGACCUCGUAAAGAUGGGAUAGGUGGACGUGCCGCACCGCCACCGCCGCCGCCGCCUCCUCCUCCGCCACCUAAAUCAAGGAAGAAGGGGAGGAGUCGAGGCCAAGCCCAGGUGGAGGAUGAAGAAAGCAUGGAGACGACGGAAAAGAGGCCCUCUCCUAACAAGAAGACAGAGGACAAGGAAGUGGCGCCUGGACGCCGCCGCUCGGCCUCAAGGAGAAGAUCCAGCACAAACCCAGACUCGGACCCCGCUCCCAUCCACCCCGAGCCCCCUGCACCCCCAAGUGACGAGGAGGACCAGAGCCCCCCUGCACCCUUAGAAACGCCCCCAAUAUCUAGUGUAGAGGAAGAACCUCAACGCAGUCCGGCUCCCCAGCCCCCAUCGCUGGACAUUUUGGUUCACAGUCCAAAACCGGGUCCUGAUGCUGUGGAAGAGAAGCGGCCUUGCCUCGCUUCCAUGGAGGGGGAUCACGCUCCAGUUCCCAUAAAGCCUGAGGCAGGUGGGCCGAGUUCCCUUGGGCAAAGUCCCACCCUGAGUUUGGGCUCCAGCCCGGCCGCCUCGCCCUGCCUCCGUCUGGAGGACGAGGACUCGUUGUCUCCCUUGUUCCAGCGGUCCAUGUCGGACGACUCCGGGGGUUCCCCCACCCCGAGCUUGGGACACACCAAAAAGCGUCUGAAGCAGUGUGCCUUCUGUUACCACGGCAACCAGCCGCAUCUGGGCCAAGGCCCACUGGUGGUGUUCGGACCCACGCCCGGCUACAUCCCGCUCCACAUCCUUAACCGCCGAGCAUCUUCGGACCGCGACAGCGAUUGUCAUGACCACUGCUACCGUAGCAACCAGGCUCCACCCACGAGCAGCAGUCCAUCACAGUGUGAGGACGAGUCUUCCUUACAGUUGGUGGAGCAGCUCGGACCCAUCGGACUUCCACACGACGUCGACGUCCAAACAUUGUUUGACCCCACAGGUCAGUGCUGUGCACACCUGCAGUGUGCGGCCUGGUCCGAGGGCGUCUGCCGUGGUGAGGGCCAAUCGCUGCUCUAUGUGGACAAGGCCAUCGACUCAGGAAGCACACAGGCGUGCGCGUUCUGUCAUCGGCUUGGCGCGUCGCUUCGUUGCCAGGAAACCGGCUGUGGGCGGAGCUACCACUUCCCAUGUGCCGCUGCUGCCGGAGCUCAUCAGGACUGGAAGCAGAGACACACGCUGUGCACGCGACACGCUCAAGCAGCGUCUCCAUCAUGCUUGUCAUGUUCGCGCGGCAAUGAUGUUGGCAAUCUAUUGAUGUGCUGUUGCUGCGGCAACAAAUACCAUGGUGGAUGCCUAACCCCGCCUCUGAUUCCAUCCUCCCAGAUAAGGGCUGGUUGGCAGUGUUUGUCAUGUCAAGUGUGUCAGUGCUGCAGGCUGCGAGAGGACACGUCUUUGUUACUUGUCUGUGGUCGUUGUGAUAAAGCUUACCAUACACACUGUCUGACGCCCCCACUGGAUCACACGCGUCCCAGUGGAUGGACCUGCCAGAAUUGCAGGGUGUGUCUUCGCUGUGGCGUAAGGUCUUCUGGUCAGUGGGCCAAUCACCCCUUCCUUUGCGAGUCAUGUGACCCAGCUCUGCCUUGUGCUCUCUGUGGCAACACCCCUGACUUGUACUCACCACAGGAUUAUGUCAUCUGUGUUUGCUGCUAUAGGUGUGCCCACAAAGAGUGUAUUGUCCCGGCAGAAGAGGACCGAUUAAAGUCUGAUGGUUACAUUUGCUCCACAUGUCAGCCUGUGGAAGAGGAGCUAACGCUGCGCACACCAAUCCCACACAGUCCCGCCUUAGACCUCCAGCUCAGUCCCACAAAGGCGCCGGACAUCUACGUGACUCCGUCGUCAGUUCAAAGUCCUGCUGAAGGUCAACCCAUUGUACAUGGUAGUACUGCUCAAAGCCCAGUCAGAAUUGUCAGUUUGGACCACCCCCCAACCGUAAACACGGAACCAUCACAUGAAAGUCUUAUCCAGUCACAAUCUGAUAACACAGAGUUAAACCAAAGCCCCAAACUGUCACCCUCUGGCCCCACAGAGCUAAAACCAAGCUCUCCCUUUAACCAUGCAGAACUUCAGCACAGUUCAGCACCAUCUCCUAACCCUGUAGAGCAAAAACUGAGUCCAGUACCAUCACCUUCUAAUCCUACAGAGCCACAAAAAAUUCAAGUACCAUCUCCUAAACCCAUAGAGCAACGAAGAAGUCCACUACCUUCCUCUAUCUCUGCAGAGCAAAGACUGAGUCCAGUACCAUCCCCUUCUAAUCCUACCGAGCCACAAAGAAGUCAGGGACCAUUUCCUGCUAACUCCAUAAAGCAACGUCCAAGUCCAGUACCAUGUCCUGCUAGCCCUACUGAGCAAAAAACAAGUCCACAACUAUCACAAUCUGAUCUAACAGACAUCCAGCAAAGUCCAGAACAAUCUUCCACUGAGUCCACAGUGCUGAAACCAAGUCCACCAUCAUCUCCUACAAAUCUCACGGAGUUCCAUCAUAGUCCACAACCAUCUUCCGUGAACCCCACAAAUCUCCACCAAAAUUCCUGCACGGAACUCCAGACACAUCUUUCAAAGUCUCCUUUUAACUCAUCAGUACUCUGUGAAGGUUCAGGGCAAUCUUUAUCUGAGCCCACAAACUUCCAACCUGUACUAUUGCCUGCUGAGAUGACAGAGCUUCAGGAAAGUCCUGUACAAUCUUCAUCGAGACACACAGAACUCCAGAAAAGUCCAGAGCCAUCUAUUUUGACAGCCUCUGAGCUCCAGCAAAGUCCAGCACCAUCUCCUUCUACAGUCACAGAGCUCCAGCAAAGUCCUGCACCAUCACCCUCUACAGUUGCAGAGCUCCAGAAAAGUCCAGCACAAUCUCCUGUUGUUGUAGAGCUCCAGCGAAGUCCAGCACCAUCAUACUCUAUAGUCGCAGAGCUCCAGAAAAGUCCAGCACCAUCUCCCUUGUCAGUUGCAGGGCUCCCGAAAAGUCCAGCACAAUCUCCUUCAACAGUUGCAGAGCUCCUGAAAAGUCCAGCACCAUCAAAUUCUACUGUCGCAGAGCUCCAGAAAAGUCCAGCACCAUCUCCUUUGACAGUCGCAGAGCUCCAGAAAAGUCCAAUACAAUUUCCUUCAACAGUCGCAGAGCUCCCGAAAAGUCCAGCACCAUCUCCUCUGACAGUCGCAGAGUUCCUUAAAAGUCCACCACCAUCUCCUCUGACAGUCGCAGAGUUCCAGAAAAGUCCAGCACAAUCUCCUUCAACAGUCGCAGAGCUCCAGAAAAGUCCAGCACAAUCUCCUUCAACAGUCGCAGAGCUCCUUAAAAGUCCAGCACCAUCUCCUGCAGUUGCAGAGCUCCAGCAAAGUCCAACACCAACAAAUUCUACAGUCGCAGAGCUCCAGAAAAGUUCAGAACAAUUUACUACAGCCGCAGAGCUCCAGAAAAGUUCAGAACCAUCUACUACAGCCGCAGAGUUCCAGCAAAGUCCACCACCAUCUCCUUCUACAGUGACAAAGCUCCAGGAAAAUCUAGCUCCAUAUACAGUCACAGAACUACAGCAAAGUCCAGCACCAUCUCCUUCCAUAGUUGCAGAGUUCCAGCAAAGUCCACCACCAUCUCCUUCUACAGUGACAAAGCUCCAGGAAAAUCUAGCUCCAUAUACAGUCACAGAACUACAGCAAAGUCCAGCACCAUCUCCUUCCAUAGUUGCAGAGUUCCAGCAAAGUCCACCACCAUCUCCUUCUACAGUGACAAAGCUCCAGGAAAAUCUAGCUCCAUAUACAGUCACAGAACUACAGCAAAGUCCAGCACCAUCUCCUUCCAUAGUUGCAGAGCUCCAGAAAAGUUCAGUACCAUGUCUUUCUACAGUCACUGAGCUCCAGCGCAGUCCACCAACAUUUCCUUCUACAGUCGCAGAAUUGCAGAAAAGUCCAGCACCAUCUCCUUCCAUAGUUGCAGAGCUCCAGAAAAGUCCACCACCAUCUCCUUCUACAGUUGCAGAGCUCCAGCAAAGUCCAACACCAUCUCCUUCCAUAGUGGCAGAGCUCCAGAAAAGUUCACCACCAUCUCCUUCUACAGUUGCAGAGAUCCAGAAAAAUCCAGCACCAUCUCCAUAUAAAGUUGCAGAACUACAACUAAGUCCAGCCCCAUCUCCUUCCAUAGUUGCAGAGUCCCAGAAAAGUCCAGCACCAACUCCUUCUACAGUUGCAGAGCUCCAGGAAAGUCCAACACCAUCUCCUUCCAUAGUGGCAGAGCUCCAGAAAAGUUCACCUCCAUCUCCUUCUGCUGUUGAAGAGAUCCAGAAAAAUCCAGCACCAUCUCCAUAUAAAGUCGCAGAACUACAACAAAGUCCAUCACCAUCUCCUUCCAUAGUUGCAGAUAUCCAGAAAAGUCCAGCACCAUCUCCUUCCACGGUUGCAGAUCUCCAGAAAAGUCCAGCACCGUCUCCUUCUACAGUCGCAGAGCUCCAGAAAAAUCCAGCACCAUUAUAUUCUACAGUCUCAGAGCUCCACCUAAGUACCGCACCAUCUCCUGCUACAGUCGCAGACCAAAAGCAGUGUCCAGCACCAUCUCCUUCUACAGUUAUGGACCAAAAGCAGUGUCCAGCACCAUCUCCUUCUACAGUCGCAGAGCUCCAGCGAAGUCCAGCACCAUCUCCUUCUACAGUCUCAGACCUAAAGCAAAGUCUUCCCUCAUCCCCUUCUACCAUCCUCGAGCUCCAGAAAAGUCCAGCACAGUCGUCUGUCGCAGAGAACAAAAAAAGUCUUGUACCAUCUCCUUCUACUGUUGCAGAAUUCCAGCAAAGUCAAGUAGCAUCUCCGGAGAGCACAGAUUCCCAGGAAAAUCCAAUACCAUUUUCAUCAAACAUUACAGAGCUUCAGGGAAGUCCAAUACCAUAUUUACCAAACCCCACAGAGCAAAGACAAAGUCCAAUACCAUCUCCUUUUGACGUUACUGAGUACCACCACAAUGCAGUCCAAUGUUCUUCUACAAUUGCAGAUUUACAACAAAGUCCAGUGCUGUCCCCUUACGAUGCCACAGAGCUUCACCAAAAUCCGCUACUAUCUCCUUCUAACACCACAGAACAAGAACUCAGAACAGCACCAUCUCUGGAUGUCACAGAACUCCAGCAUUGUCCACAACUAUGUUCAUCGAAACUUUCUGAGCUCCAGCAAAGUCUAAUCACAUCUCCUAGUGUCAAAGAGGUUGAGGAAUGUCCAAUACCAUCUUUUUGUAACUCCACUAUGGUCCAGGAAUGUCUGGUACCAUCUUUAUCCAUCCCCAAAGAGGUCCAGGAAAUUCCAGUACAGUUUUCAUCAAUCCCUUUAGAGGUCCAGGAAAGUCCGGUACCAUCUUCAUCGAUCCUCACAGAGGACCUGAACAUUGUGGAACCAUCUCCAUCAAACCACACAGAGGUCCAAGAAAGCCGUCUCUUAUCUCCUUCUAUUGCCACAGAGCAUCAGAGAACCACUCUAUCAUUUUCCAACGUGGUUGAGCUUCAGAAAAGUCCAGCAUUAUAUCCUAGUACUAGUAUCCUAGCAGUCCAACAAAGUUCAGUACCCUCUCCUUCCACUGUUGCAGAGCUCCAGCAAAGUCCAGUACCAUCUACUGGUUUCAUAGCAGUUCAACAAAGUCCAAUAACCUCCCAUUCCACUGUCGCAGAGCUCAAACAAAGUCCAAUAUCAUCUCCAUCCACUGUCGCAGAGCUUCUGAAAAACCCUCUAUCGCCUUCAAAGGUCACAGAGCUCCAGCAAGGUUCAAUAAUGUCUCCCGAAGAAGCCACAGGGCUUACACAGAAUUCCAGUUUAUUUGACCUGGGCCUCACAGAGGUUCAAAACGAUACGAGGGAACCCCAACAAAUCAAUGUUCCAGAUCCAGAACCCCAACAAAUCAAUGUUCCAGCUCCAGAACCCCAACAAAUCAAUGUUCCAGCUCCAGAACCCCAACAAAUCAAUGUUCCAGCCCCAGAACCCCAACAAAUCAAUGUUUCAUCCCCAGUACCCCAACAAAUCAAUGUUCCAGCCCCAGAACCCCAACAAAUCAAUUUUCCAGCCCCAGAACCCCAACAAAUCAAUGUUCCAGCCCCAGAACCCCAACAAAUCAAUGUUCCAGUCCCAGAACCCCAACAAAUCAAUGUUCCAGCCCCAGAACCCCAACAAAUCAAUGUUCCAGCCCCAGAACCCCAACAAAUCAAUGUUCCAUCCCCAGAACCCCAACAAAUCAAUGUUCCAGCCCCAGAACCCCAACAAAUCAAUGUUCCAGCCCCAGAACCCCAACAAAUCAAUGUUCCAUCUUCAGAACCCCAACAAAUCAAUGUUCCAUCUUCAGAACCCCAACAAAUCAACGUUGCAUCUCCAGAAACUCAACAAAUCAAUGCUCAAUCUCUUUGCGCAGCAGAGCUCCAAAAAGGUGCACUGCAAUCUAUCCCGCUCAUAUCCGAGACUGCAGGACUACAGGCGAGUCCUGUAGCAUUGUAUCCUAAUCCAAUACAAGCAAAAGAAAACUCGCAAUGCAGUCAUGGUCCUUUAGAAUAUAACGAAAAUCAUUCAAAGCCUUCAACACCCUCUCAGUUGUCCUCUGACCAUUUGACUUCCCCACAAGCUCAGCUGAGUCCUCAAGAAAUUGUUUCCAUGGAUUCAACUAGAGAACAUCUAAUGUCAAGAGUUCCUCAAAAGAGUCCAAUGCAUGGUAGUCCGAUGUCGGAACUCAGUCCUAUCAGAUUGGAUGCUGACAAAUCAAAGCCUCAAACCAUUUCCCCAAACAGUAGAUCAUGUAGUCCUAUUGACAUUAACAUUAAAGAGCCGCUGCUCCAAACCCAUCCAGGAUCAUACGUUCCUGUGCCCCAUUGUCCUUUAAUACCAUCACUUGAUGUUGAAACAACACUGGAUCAGGAGAGCCCGGUACCAAGCCCUCCUCAUUUGCCUGCUAGGGCUGCACACAUCAGUUCAACACUGGACCAGGACUUUCCACCAGUCUCUUUAAAAACUACCUUCCCAGGCAGCAGGAAAACUGCAUGUAGACCCAUUUCGGCUCCAUCUAGCCCAUCAAGAACCCCCGUUAGCGCCACCAAGUGCAGUCUGUCACAGCCCGCUAGCCCAGUACAGAUCGCCUCUAUGCUCCGUAGUCGGCCUUUGCAGGAUAAUGUGCUUGCUUGUCAGUCUGCUACACCAACAGAAUGUUCCCAAAGCAGUCUCCACACCGGGAUUAGACCUCUAGCCAUUCCGUUAAGUUCAAACCUCAACGGUCAAACACUUGAAUCUGUUUUUUAUAGCCCGACCACGGUCAUGUGCACAACGACUCUAACAGAGCAACCUUCAAAUCAUCUUCCCUUUCAUGCUCCACCAUCGCCAGCACCAGAAAGCCUUGUUCACCAAUUGGAACACAGUAGCCUCGCUUGCAUGUCUUCUUGUGCUGAGAAAUCUGUUGAACGGAUGGUUAGCCCAACACACAUCCAACCUGUCAAAGAUGGUGCUAGCCCUUCACAUGCCAGUGAAAUGCCUGCUAGUCCUUCCCGCUCACUUCGUCAGGCCUCCUCUGACUCAAUGCCAAAGGUGUCAGACAUUGCCGUUGGCCUGCCUUUACCAGCUAGCCCUGUGAUGGACAGCUCUUUUCAGCCAGCAGCCAGCCCCCCAGCACCAGUAAGCUCUUCAAGGGAACCAACUAGCACCUUAUUAAUGCUUCCUAGUCAUGGAGACACUACAUCAUCUGAAAAUGAAGAUACAACAACAGAAAAUAACCCUUUCUCUCUCAGAACUCGUCCUCAUCAUCAGAACUUGGUUAAUGUUAGUCCAGAGCCUCCUCAGCUCCCACAGUCAGUCCAGUCUAGUCCUUCACAGGUCAAAAUAUUCCACAGUCCCACAGAGACUACAUCUGUAGAUUCCAUAUCCCCUCCAUCUAGUCCUACACACUGUACACCGAUUGUUUGUCCCGCUAACAUUUCUGUUUGCAAAGAUCUGAGCAACUUGGAAAGUAGUAUCUACUCGAGUAAUCAAAGUUCCUCAUUAAGUUGCAUGACCCCACCUAUUUUAGCACAUUUUAGCUCAAUGCAGAGUGGUGAAACACUUCCUUGUAGCCCCGCGGAUUCUAGCUCAGGCCCUGCUCAAGCUUACCAGAGACUUGCUAUGUCAAGUUCAAGCCCCAAAAGGGACAAUGCAGAAAGUUCCCAAGUCCAGAUCUCAGUCAUUUGCAAUUCAUUUCAGUUGGGUACCCGUUUAGGUCCAACUGCAGAUACUAAGCCUCUAAACCCCUUGAGUCAAAGAAUGGUUGGCAAUGCCCCUCAGGAACCCACUGACACACCUCAGGCUAAAUGUACAAAAAAAUCCCUUGAUAGUUCCAGUUUGACGGCCUCCUCCCCCAAGUUUCCUCAGACAUCACCCACAUGUGUUCCACAGGAUAGUACGGGACUCUGUAGUCAACGUUCCCCAUUUCAAUUUGCUAAUAGAAAAAUCUCGCUAAGUCCAGGUCUUACUACCCCUAAGAGUUCAGAGGCUGGAACAGGUGCAAGUUUUAUUAUCAGUGUCGAGUCAGGAAUCAGCUCAUCUCCAACUAGUCCUGGUUGCGCCAUUCUGACUGAUAAAGAGUCGACAUCUCUUGUCACCAUGACAAAUGACAAGGAGCAAGGGAGCUCGCAGGAGUAUGAGCUAGCAGUGCAGGACCAGGAAGAGGGCAAUCAGGAGCAGGUCCAGGAGCAAGGCCUCAGCGGUUCCAAUCUUCACUUGUCAGGAGUUCAGCUCUCUCCUCGCCCCCCUGCUGCAGCCUCUUUGGAUCCCCCUCCUGUCCCAUCACCACAGUCUCCAAAAAAAGCAGGCUCCCCAGACACCUCCCUUACACUCAGCGUGACAGUUGAGGCUUCCCCCUCUCUAAUGGAUCACAGGGAAUCGGGACAAGAGGACUCAUGUCCUAUGUCGUGGGCCCCGGGUGAUGACCAGUCCAAUCCCACUAAAACAGAGUCUUCAGAAUGGGUGGAGGAGCAGCCAAAAUCACCAACAGUAACAGCCGCCGCCUCUGAUGAAGUUUCUCAGCAGGAGGACAUAGGGGAGAGCGAUAAUAUGGAGAACCAAGAGAGUGCUGACCCCAAAGACCAAUCCUAUGUGGAGGAGGAGCCACUGAGUCCUGUGCUGGAGCUGGAUCCCUCUUUAGAUGUGGAGGUGAUGAAGUUGAUGACCACGGAGUCUCCUUCCGCCUCCUUUCUACACCUGUCCUCCUUUAAUCCGCCUCCCAUCCCCACCCGGGGGAAAGGGCGGAGCUUCAGGCCUCCUCCAUGCUCCUCUUUCGCACCAUUAGACGACCUCUCCUUACGGCUUCGGCAGUCUCCUUUUUCCACUGAGGCGUCACCUGAAACCUCCCCUAACAGAGAGCCCAUCACACCGCCGCCACUUUCUCCACCUUCCCCUCCUCUCAGGUUCAGCCCUCCAUACAGGGAGUCUCCACCCCUGUCCCAGAUUCCGCCCUCCACUGUGAUACCGCUCACUCCUAAAAUUGGUAUGGGAAAGCCAGCCAUCACCAAAAGAAAGUUCUCCCCUGGCAGGGCGAGGGUCAGGCAGGGUUCGUGGUGGAGUAAUAUCAGGGCAGUCAGCCCCCCCUCUUCCUCCCAGGACUCUACUGGGGAGGGUGGGAGGGACAGCCCUAAAUAUCGUCCACCGGACUCCCCGCUGUGGAGCAUGAGAGUGGGUCGUGGUUCGGGGUUUCCUGGUAGAAGGAGGGCCAGAGGAGGAGGUGUAGGAGGCGGAAGAGGAGGAAGAGGAAGGAGCAGAAUUAAGACACAGGAAUUUUUGUCUGUGUCACCUGCAUACGGUUUUGUGGAGUCGAUCCCGCCUAAGGAAGAGGAGGAGAACUCAAUGCACAACACGGUGGUGAUGUUCUCCACCUGUGACCUGUUCACCCUCAGACAGGACAUGUGUGUGGUGUGCGGCAGUUUCGGUCAAGGAGCAGAAGGUCGACUGUUGGCGUGUUCUCAGUGCGGACAGUGUUACCACCCCUACUGCGUCAAUGUAAAGAUUACGCGAGUAAUCCUGACCAAAGGGUGGCGCUGUCUGGAAUGUACCGUAUGUGAGGCAUGCGGAGAGGCCAGUGACCCCGGGCGUUUGUUGCUAUGCGACGACUGCGACAUCAGCUACCAUACGUACUGCCUGGACCCGCCCCUCCACAUGGUGCCUAAGGGAGCCUGGAAGUGCAAAUGGUGUGUGUGGUGCGUUCAGUGUGGCUCCGCCUCCCCCGGGCUGCACUGUGAUUGGCAGAGUAACUACAGCCGCUGUGCUCCAUGUGCCAGUCUGACCUGCUGCCCCCUCUGUCAGAGGCUUUAUACACAGGACGACCUCAUUCUACAGUGUCAGCAGUGUGACAGGUGGGUGCAUGCCAGUUGUGAGGGUCUGACGUCCGAAGACGAAGUAGAGAUUGCAGCUGAUGAGGGCUUCAACUGUUCGCUGUGUAAAACACACAGUCGCAUCUCAUUUGGGAGGUCGGACAGUUUGGACUCCUCCUACAAGUCUCAGAUCAUCUCCAGGAGCCGUGAAGCAGACACAAAGACAUACACUCAGGAUGGAGUUUGUCUGACAGAGUCGGGCCUCUCUCACCUGCAGUCCCUGGUUGAACCUUUGACCUCAGCGCGCAGGUAUCGCAGGUGCAAACCAAAACUAAAGUUGAGGAUCAUCAACCAGAACAGCGUGUCCGUUCUGCAGACCCCACCUGACCCUCACACUGGCGAACAAGACCUCCAUCACAGAGUGCACCUGGAGUGUGACCUCAAGUCUGACUCCAGUCCUGAGAGAGACCACGCCCCCUAUGAUGACGUCAGCAAGGAGCUCCAUAUGGCAGAUGGCAGCACAAAGAGGAAGAGGAAGCCAUAUAGACCAGGCAUUGGAGGCUUCAUGGUGCGCCAGCGAGGCGGGAAGGCGGGGUCAAGCGGAUUCAAACUGUGCAGGAACGAUUCAACUGAUAUGUUGCAUGGAGAUGAAGAUGUAGCUGACCAGACCCUUGACAAGGUGAAGAAGAGAUAUAGAAAGAAAAAGACCAAGCUGGAGGAGGCUUUUCCUUCCUAUCUACAGGAUGCUUUCUUUGGUCGGGAUCUUCUGGAACGCAUUCGCCAGUUGGAUCAGAGGAUGGUAUCAGAGGUAGCGAAAGCCAGCCAGUCAGCAGCAGUAGAUCUGAAAGGCCCCACCAUGUCAGACAAGAUGGUGAUCCGAAAGCAAGAAAGACUGCCCAUGUCGGACGAUGCGCUCGUGGAUCUGUCUGACGUUCUCAACACUCAUCCUCAAAUUCUGGCCACUGGACACACAGGCCAGUUCCAGGUGGAGCGCUCCCCCUCUCCAUUUGCGGGCCUAGACAUUGGGUCCAUGGCCGAAGACCCCUUGCUGACCGGAAGUGACGGACACAGUCAUAGAUCAUUACAGGAAGAGCCUUUGGAUGCCAUCUUAAACCCUGAGCUUGACAAGAUGGUGACAGACGGUGCUCUCCUCAGCAAACUGUACAAUAUUCCAGAGCUUGAGGGCAAAGAUGUGGAAGACCUUUUCACUGCUGUCCUCAGCCCGGACAACAGCGAGAAACAUCACCACCACACUGCUGCAGGAAGCAAAACACACACAGCAGCCGUGUUUCCUCGUCUUCCCCUGAUGAAUGGCCUCACAGGACGAGCCCCUCACUUGGUCAACCCUCCCAUGAUGCCGAGCGGCACUCCUGGCACAGCGAGUCACCGAAUUUGUCCUCCAGAGGGACCCUUCCCCAGCUCUGCCCCUUGCCUGCCUCAAGCUAAUCAGGCUGGGGGAGAGGGCGAGCAGGACACCUUGUCUACGGCACAGAGGAGCAUGUUGAAGUGGGAGAAGGAGGAGGCUCUUGGCGAGCAGGCUACUGUUGCCCCCGUGCUCUACUGCAACACCAAUUUCCCCCAGCUCAAGGAGCAGUAUCCUGAAUGGUCCACAAGAGUGAAGCAGAUCGCCAAACUGUGGAGAAAAGCGAGCUCUCAGGACAGAGCACCUUUUGUACUACGUGCAAGGGACAACCGUGCAGCGCAGCGCAUCAGCAAAGUUCACAUGUCCAAUGAGCCAUUCAAAAGGCAGCAGCAGCAACAGCCCUUGCAACCGCCAUUGUGUGUGCCCUAUGAUGCAAUGUCCAUGGAGUCGGAUUUGGCGCUGAAGGACCCACUAAGGCCAAGAGAGUCUGAGCAGGAGCAGGAGUGGAAGCUAAGACAGGGAGAGGUAAAAGACAGAUGGCGAGCCGGUAAGAAGAGGCAGGAAAAUCUCCCCCAAAGCAAAGCCCUAAAAUCACCAACAGAUAAAGAUUGUCCCUUCCAGGCAUCUCUAGCAGGAGGUGGCAAAGAGGCUCUGCAUUUGCGUCAGAAAAGUAAACAGCUGGCCAAGAUCGAAGCCAGUCAGAAGCUGGAGCAAGUCAAGAAUGAACAGCUGCAGCAGCAGCGACAACAUCACCUCUCAGCCAAUCAGCAGCCUGUCACCGGGAGCGAUGCGAUGCCUCUCCAGCUACUUACCUCCACGGAUGCCCAGGCCAGACAGAACAUCCUACAGGGCUCCGUACUGGCCGACAAUGUUUUUCUCAGACCACAAGUCCCACCGUCUUCUGGCUACUCCUCACUUCCUCACUCCCCGCACUCCUUGUCACCGCUUCACCAGCCCCCAUCCUCUCCCCAGAUGUUCUCCCCUCCUUCAUCCAGCCCCACAUCCCCCUGGGAUUCCUACAGUAAACCAGUAGGGACUUCUCGGCCUGCCUCCAUUCAGCAUUGCACCCCACUCAACAUAUCUCCUGCACACGAUGCACUGGGUUCCCCUGCACCCUCACCUGAUUCGAAAGCCUCUGACGCUUCUCGGACCUUCGGACUUCAACCAGGCCUGCAGCACAGCAAAGCGGCAUUGAAGAGUCCCCCUUCUGGCUCUCAGGUGUACCAGAGGUCUCCGGUCCAAGGGGGAGUGUUUAAAGCCCCCAUGCCACCCCAAAACCAGCUGCAACAGGAGUUGUUUAGUGGUGUGCCAGCUGUAGCAAGGAGAGACCCAUCUAGACCCACAGACCUUGGCCUCAUCCCCCCCCAGAGUCAGGACUCCGCUUUUAGUUCCAGCCAGCUCUCUGGGCUGGGCUCCCCUCAUCGCAGCCCUUACGUCCACACGCCAGGGAUCCCCAGAAUUGAGUAUAGCCAGCAGAUGGCAGACCACUUUGUCAAACAGCCAGCUUUGACACCCCGUCCCUCUCCUGACCCCUAUAGUAAUCCUCAAACCCCUGGGACUCCUCGGCCACAUUCAGACAACACAUACCUCAACGCAACCCCUGCACUUCGAAUAGAUCAGUUCAACCAAUUGGCAAACAGCCGCCGGCCCUCCCCUUCACACACAACACUGGACCCAUAUUUAAACCCAGGCACACCCCAUCCCUUUGUUCCUGAGCGCUUACCUCGAUCACCAGGCAGCACGUUAACCACCGAUCCCCAUGCUAAACCGCCUGGUACCCCGCGUCCGUCACCGGACCCCUACGCCCAGCAGCCCUCCACACCUCGUCCCCAGAAGACCUCUGACGCCUUCAGCCAAGCUCAAAUGGAGAGCUUUACUCCUCAGCUUGUGCGAUCUCCCCUGGGUUCAGGACUUGGUGGAGAGAAUGUGACUCUUACACCAACCCACAAACAGUCUCCGGGGAGGCAACAACAGCAGCAGGAGUCCUUUCCCAGGACCCCUGGUAGUAGCCAGACCCCAAAGCACCCUGGGAUGUCAGAAGAUACGGGCUUCGCCGACCCGGUCAUUCAAACUUUGGGAAGACCCACCACUGGGGCCUCACAGAUGGACAAAACAUCAUCCAAUGACAUGACAACAGUAGGUGGGGCUUCUUUAGAGGGAACAAUGGGCUUGCUUCCACAGCUUGGUGACUCUGAGGAAAAACUAAAACAGCGUCAGAGACUCCGCCAGCUCAUCCUGAGGCAGCAGCAGCAGAAGAGUGCAUUGCGGCAAGAAAAAGGUCUCCAGGAGUCUCAGCCUGGUGCCCUUUCAGCUACUGCUGCUCCAUCAGGAUCGGCCCCCAGCUCAGCAACACCCUGUCACUGGUCCCAGGAAGAAACCACCACUUCCAAUCCUCCAACUGAUGUGUUUGGACGUCCACCACCUCCUUACCCCGGAAUAAUGCGGCCUGCCGGACCAGCUGGAGCAUUUAUUGGACCCCCACGGUUGCAUGGAACUUUUCCAGUGGACCAGGUCAGAGGGUUAAGCCCAAGUGAGCCUCAAUUUCCCAGACAAAGCAUCCCCAGGGAACUUGGACCGAGAGGAGUGGCCUUGAGGUUUGGUCUCCAGGAACCCUUCCUGCGUUCUCCCACAGUGUUAGUGCCUGGUUCUGGGCUGGUACCCCCUGUCCAGAUAAGGACGCCAGUACCCGGUGACUUUACCAGCAUCCGUCAGAUGACUGUCCCGAGCCCUCAUCCACAUUUGAUGUCCGCAGUUGUCCACCAGCCAUUUGUUCCCCGCUCCCUCCCCAUCCAGCAGCACAGCAUCAUGGGGCAGCCUUACAUUGAGCUUCGACACCGUUCUCCAGAGAACCGUCUGAGGCUGCCCUUCUCCCUUGCAGCCCCACUUUUGCAGACUGUGGACUCUCAGCCAUCAGCUGCCAGGCCCAUCUCAGGGGUCCCGAUAGCAGAGACAACAGUGGGUCAUCAUCCAAUGCUGACGAUGGAGCAACUCAACCAGCAGAAUCUAAUCCAUGUGGCAGCAUUGGGUCAGGGGAGUGAACCAGGGCUCCAGGGAACUGAUGGGAUAGAGGAGCACCUGGAAGGGGAGGACUCGGCUGUAAAGGAUCUGGAGGAUGUGGAGGUGAAAGAUCUAGUUGACCUCAAUCUGAACCUGGAUCCUGAAGAUGGUAAAGACUUAGACCUGGGUGCCAACGACCUCCACUUAGAUGACUUCUUGCUGUCGGGAAAGUUUGACCUGAUCGCUUAUGCUGACCCCGAGCUCAACCUAGAGGACAAAAAGGACAUGUUCAAUGAGGAGCUUGACCUGGAGGAUACUGUGGGAGACAAAAAGGGAGGAGAGAGGCGAGACUUAGUUGGUGGUGCGAGAAAGUUGGAUACCGAUGCCAACUUGUUAGGUCAGGUCAAGGAAGAAGAUCAGGAGGCCGUCAACAGAGAUACUAAAAACGAUUCUUCAUCCCUCCACCCCGCACCACAACCUGAGGCUGUCAGCCACCAACUCCCUGUAGCUUCUGAGGCUGAGACAGCAGGAUCCAGCCAUUCCAGCUCUUCUUUGCACCUUGCCAAGGGGGAUGUGGGUGAUUCUUCUGAUUCAGGAGUUUUGCCAGAACUCCAAGCCCAAGAAAAGGCUUUGUCAUCUGGCGUGACUCCAGAUCAGCACCCUGGCUUCCAUCAAACACCCCUUGGACCCUCUUCGGCUUACUUCAACCCUCAAACUCAGGCUUCCACUGACACCCCUCACAAAGUGUCGCUGCAACUCUCCCAGCCUUGCCUACUUCUCAACCCUCAGGCUGUGUCUCCAAACAUGGACGAAGCUGCUCAAUCCAUUGCCCAGGAACAGGCCCAGAACAAGUCUAAACCUUUACUACUGGAGGAACAGCCACUUUUGCUGCAAGAUCUCUUGGACCAGGAGCGCCAGGAGCAGCAGCAACAGAAACAGAUGCAGGCACUGAUCAGACAGAAAUCCACCUCUGAACCCACAUUCCCAGAAAUAACCGACUUUGACUCCAUCUCAGACCCCAUAAUGAAGGCCAAGAUGGUGGCUCUUAAGGGCAUCAACAAAGUGAUGACUCAAGGGAACCUCGGCCUCAACAACAUGGUCAUCAACAGGUUUCACCAGGCUCCUGCGGCCACAACUCCUGAGGGAACACCUCAACCUCUGAUUAAAGUUGGACAGGAAGGAGAGGUACACCCUCCACUGUUGCGUCCAAAUCCACCCAGCUGUGGACCUGGAUUUGUUAACGACUCUCAGAAACGUCAGUAUGAAGAGUGGUUGGGUGAGACCCAGCAACUCUUGCAGAUGCAGCAGCGUCUCCUGGAGGACCAAAUCGCAGCUCACCGCAAGACCAAAAAGGCUCUGUCGGCCAAGCAGAGGACAGCAAAGAAGGCGGGUCGUGCACUCGCAGAGGAAGACGCUGCUCAGCUGCGCUACAUCAUGGAGCAGCAGGGGACUGUCCAAAAGCAGCUGGAGCAGAUCCGUAAGCAGCAGAAAGAUCACACAGUGCUCAUCGAGGACUACAGAACACAACAACAACAACAACAACAGCAGCAGCAGCAAAGACACCUUCCUAUUGUACCUUCUGGGGUAGUACCUCUGCAGAAUAGGCCCAGUGGCUCAGCUCUGCCCUGUGUCCAGAACGUUCCCCCUGGUUGGUCACCAGCAGUGGGAGUUGUUCCAGGGUUGAUAGGGCCGAAUAUGGCAUCUCAGGUGCCACCACAGUUGCCUCGAACCCUUUCAAAGCCCUCUCAGGCUUCACAGCCCUCUCCAGUCAUUGUGCCCAGACUUUCAGCUCCAUCAGCAGGCUUUUCCCCAGUGCCCCGGACACCCACUGGGGGUCCCAGUGGUGCCUCAGGGGGUGACAUAGCAGCACCCUCCCCCAAGGUCAAAUUUGAUGACAACAACCCAUUCAGUGAAGGUUUCCAGGAGAGGGAAAGAAGAGAAAGAAUAAGAGAGCAGCAGGAGCGGCAGAGGGUGCACCUCAUGCAGGGGGUGGAUUCCCAUCGGGUCUUGCAGCAAGGUUCACAUGGUGGAUCUGUGGGACCUGGAUUGGCUCGGCUCUGUUCCACAGGGUCAGCAGCUGGCAGCACUCCUGGCUCCACCUCUAGUGGGGACACUUUCUCCAAGAUGCCUUUCUUCAGUUCUGAGCUGCCCCAGGACUUCCUGCAGUCUCCGCCUGCCUCCAGACCACCACAACUCCUCGGGUCGUCGCCCAACCUCCAGACCACCCCGAGACUCCCAGGCCCUUUGGGCUCCGCAGGUCUUGGUCAGGUCCGUCCACCUGGCCUUGGAGGGGUCCUUAUAGCUCCUUCAAAUCAAGGAAGUCAAGGUCAUCAAUUUCGACAGGAGUCCUCAACCUCAUCCCCAUCUGCCCCUCUACAUGCCGUUUUCACCCCCUCCUCAUCCGGAGGCCCCGCCUCCCUCAUGCAGCUGUACUCUGACAUCAUGACAGACGACAGCCAGAAGAAGAAGAGGAGUGGGAACAAGGACAGAGACAAUUCUGCUGGGGGAGCCAGGACACCGCUGUCCUCACACUCUGAUGACAUCACAGCCCCGUCUACUCCAGCCUUUUCAGAUGCUUCGUGCUCUACGCCCACACGGUGCAGCACCGAGCUGGCUGAGAUGAACACCCCUCCCCUCUCUGGUCUGGCUCCAUCCUCAGAACUGGAGAAUCAGCUGUCUGUGUGCCCUGCAGCCCAGGAGAGAACCCAUCUAAUGGACAUGGAGGCUCAUAGAGGCCUCCUGUGUGGCCGCAUGGGGGUCAAGGAGGAGCGAGAGGAGCGAGGACCUUGUGGAGGAGACCCAGUAAAGUUGGAGUGCGCCUCCCCUCUUCCUGUCGGAGGAGACGCAGGGAAGGAGCUGCUCAGACACUUACUGAAGGAAAAGGCUUCUCCGGCAAAGACGCCAUCGCCUACCACACAUGCCCCGCCUCCUGUCCACCACCAACUCUCCACUGACAGUGUGCGCUCUGAGGAGGAGGACGGUGCUGGUUUCCUUGGCAACAUGAUGGUGGACAAUCCUGAUGUCUUGGACUUGUUAGGCAAGAAAAAGGCUCAGCGAUGUAAGAGAGCUGCUCGGCCCGACAAAGACAAAGCUCUGGCCAAAUAUAAGCGGAGGAAACGAGAAGACGAGGACGAAAUGCUUCACUCCUCUUCCACCCCCUCUGAGCAGAUCAUAACACACCUCAGACAGCUCUCUGUGCUACCCCUCAUGGAGCCCGUUCUGGGGUUCGACCUGAGUCUGUUCCCCCCUUAUGGCAGCACCUCUCUAGGGAGCGACUCCAGACUCACUGGCUCCUUUGGCAACGCCUCCCUGGACGGAGUCAUUGACUACUACUCACAGCUCACAUGCAAGAACAACCUUGGUAACCCACCCACACCGCCUGCCUCGCUGCCACCGACCCCCCCACCGGUGGUAAAGCAGAAGCUAGUGAACGGCUUUGCUACAGCAGAGGAACUGAGCAGGAAGGAGCUCACCGAGCAAGAUGUGAAAGGUGUCAAAUCCAAGGUUCAAGAGCUUCCGGCUGAAAAUCACACGACCAAGACGGUGGACGUGCCCGCCUCCCUGCCGACUCCACCCCACAACAACCAAGAAGAGCUCCGAGCCCAAGAAUCGUCGUUACGCAGCAGCCCGGAAGACUUCAUCCCCUCCUCGUCUCCUGACAGUGUGGCAGACAUGGAGAUCAGCAGAUAUCCCGACCUGUCCUUUAUCAAACUGGAGCUACCGUCCCCUUCCCCAUCUCCACCGAUACCCAUCAUGCCCUGCUCUUGGGGCAAAGGCACUGCGGUAAAGCAGGAAGUAAAGACGGAGCCAAGCCAACAGGCUCCUCCGUCCUGUUCCAACACAGAUCUGGUUACCAUAGCGAUCACCCUAAACCCAUCUGCUGCUCAGAAUGUUCCUGGUGUCAUGGCCACAGUGGCGAAGCUGCUGCGGGUCCCCACUUCAAUCAACUACCAGCUGAGCCGUGCUGAGUGCAACCCACUGGCUCUGCUGGCAGGAGUCAGAGUGCCACUUCCUCAGGCUUCAGCAAGCAUCAGGCAGCAGAGACCUGUGCCCCCAGCUGGUGUGAGGAUGGACGUCAUCCAGCAUGGUGCUACACCUGCUGUCUCCAGACCGCCGUCCUGCAGCCACUGCAAAGUACUGCUGGGAAGUGGAGUUCGCAAAAUCAAAGUGGUCAAACAGGAGGGUUCGUCCACUCUGCUUUUCUGUAGCCCAAACUGCUCUGCUCUCUUCUCUACUGGACUGAAAACCGCAAGUUCUCCAGAAAAGCCUAAGGACAAGACACCCCCUGAUACCCCCAGCAGACUGCAUCACCACUACGCCAACAACAUGUCGUCCAUUGCCGUCCACUCCCUCCCUCGGACUCCCAUCACUCCAUCCCAGACCGCCACUUCGUCCCCACCCCUCCAGUUCCCCUCCGCCUCCACUGUCACUAUGGAGAUCAGGCCCCGUGUGGACAGCCUGAAGGUCAAGGUGAAACUGAAGCCCCACCCCCACGCCUUCUCUGAGGGGGACGACUUGCUGCUGAGUCACCACGGGAAGAGGAUGAAAAAUUCUCGCUGGCGACGUUGGAACAUCAACGUCACUUUGACCAGGGGUCCCAUUUCGGAGGAAGCGGUUGCCAUGCCAACAGAGGAGGAAAUCGAUGUGAUGUUAAAGAAACUGGGGGCGUCCCUGCGACCCGACCCCAUACCUGUGGACCAGCGAAGGUGUUGCUUUUGUCACCAGCUGGGCGAUGGUAUAACAGACGGGCCAGCCAGACUGCUGAACCUGGACUUGGAUCUGUGGGUCCAUUUGAACUGUGCCCUGUGGUCCAGUGAGGUGUACGAGACUCAGGCCGGCGCACUUAUCAACGUGGAGUUGGCCCUAAGACGCAGUCUGACGCUCCGCUGCGCGCACUGCCAGCAGACAGGCGCCACCAGCGGCUGCAACCGUUUGCGCUGCACCAACACAUACCACUUCACGUGCGCGCUGCGGGCCCAUUGCACCUUCUUCAAGGACAAGACCAUGCUGUGUCACUUCCACAAGCCCAGGAUGGCUCCUCUGAGCGGGGACAGAUCCUCCAGCAGCUCCCCAUCCUCCACCACGGGCAUGACCUCCGACUUUUUUUCGUCUGUGUGCGAUCCGUACAACUCGGAGCUACGGUGUUUCGCUGUGUUCCGUCGCGUGUUCGUGCAGAGGGACGAGGCAAGGCAGGUAGCGGCGAUGGUACAGCGUGGCGAGCAGCGGCACACGUUUCGCGUGGGCAGCCUACUCUUUUGCGCAGUCGGGAGGCUCCUCCCACAGCAAAUGAGCGCUUUCCACAGCGAGGUCGCCAUCUUUCCAGUCGGCUACCACGCCAACCGCAUCUACUGGAGCAUGCGCAACAGGAACCGACGUUGCAAGUACAUGUGCUUUAUCGAGGACCACGACGGACGACCCCUUUUCAAGGUUAAGGUGGUGGAGAAAGGCUACGAUGACAUCAUUCUGACCGCGACAACUCCUAAAGGUGUUUGGGACCAGAUCCUGGAACCAGUGUCGCAGCUCAGGUCCUCCAGUGGCACUCUGAAGCUCUUCCCGUCUUACCUGAAAGGAGAAGAUCUUUUUGGGCUGAACACGUCGGCCAUCAGCAGGAUCGUUGAGUCUUUACCAGGAGUGGAGGCGUGCGAGAGGUACACCUUUCGUUACGGACGGAACCCGCUCAUGGAGUGGCCUCUAGCUUUCAACCCUUCUGGUUCAGCCCGGUCCGAGCCCAAAGUCAGCCAAGCAAAAAGGCCGUACCUGUUGACCAGCAUGGCUCCCAGGUGUCAAGGCUCAGUGGGCUCCAUCGUGGGAAUGGUGCCGGGUGUCAUCUCUCUGUCGCCGGGUGAGACGGUGGCCGGGGCUCAUCAGGGUCGCCACUCCAAGUCGUCACAGUACCGACGCAUGAAAGCAGAGUGGAAGACCAACGUCUACCUGGCGCGCUCUCGCAUCCAGGGUCUUGGUUUGUACGCCGCGAGAGAUAUCGAGAAAUGCACCAUGGUCAUCGAGUACAUCGGCGCUAUCAUCAGGAGUGAAGUGGCCAACCGCAAGGAGCGAGUCUACGAGAGUCAGAAUCGAGGCGUGUACAUGUUCCGCAUUGACAAUGACUACGUGAUCGACGCCACCAUCACUGGAGGACCCGCCAGGUACAUCAACCACUCGUGUGCUCCCAACUGCAUCACGGAGGUGGUCAGCGUUGAGAAGGAGAACAAGAUCAUCAUCAGCUCGUGCCGACGCAUCCAGAGGGGAGAGGAGCUGAGCUACGACUACAAGUUUGACCUGGAGGACGACCAACACAAGAUUCCAUGCCACUGCGGGGCCUUCAACUGUCGCAAGUGGAUGAACUGAGCGCACACGCUCAUUAACGCAUUCACCUCAUAUCAAAGAUGCUCAUUAAAGGAGAGGGGUCAGGAGUGGGGUUACAAAAGAGGCUGGUCCUCUCUGUGUAGUGUGUAUAUUUGUACAAAGACGCCCCCACGUGGUCAUGACUUGCACUAAACAAAACAUCCAAUCAAGGCAGAUCAUUUCCCCUUACAUCUGUAAAAUAAAAUGUUUUUGUUGUAUUUAUUACUAAAUGAAGUUAUUUUCUAAUCACAGCCAGUCGUGGAGGAAAGUCGCGGCGUGUAAAUAACUAAAAAUGAGGAAUCUUCACAGUACUGACCGUGACGUUUUGUUUGCCCUGCCCCUCCACGUGUGUCUUUUUAUUUGUGUAUAUUCAAAUUGUAUCAGAACUCUGCUGAUGUACAGUCUGUGGCCACGCCCCCCUUCGGGUUUUGGUUUUUUUUACUGUGUGAGGAUGCCUUUUUGUUUUUGAAAGGGGGGUAUGUGGAGCCUGAUUUAGAAUCAUUUACAGAAAAUAAAAAUAUUUUACAUCUUGAAA